CCGCGCCGCCGCAACGCCCGCCCACCCGCCGCCGCGGGGCCAUGCGGAGAGCCGCGGGGAUGGAGGACUUCUCCGCAGAGGAGGAGCCCUGGUACGACCCGCAGGACCUAGAGCAGGACUUGCACCUGGCCGCGGAGCUGGGGAAGACCCUGCUGGAGAGGAACAAGGAGCUGGAGGAGUCCCUGCAGCACAUGUACUCCACCAACGAGGAGCAAGUGCAGGAGAUCGAGUACCUGACUAAGCAGCUGGACACGCUGAGACACGUGAAUGAGCAGCACGCCAAAGUGUACGAGCAGCUGGACCUCACCGCCCGAGACCUGGAGCUGACCAACCAGAAGCUGGUGCUGGAGAGCAAGGCUGCCCAGCAGAAGAUCCAUGGGCUGACGGAGACCAUUGAGCGCCUGCAGGCCCAGGUAGAGGAGCUGCAGGCCCAGGUGGAGCAGCUGCGGGACCUGGAGCAGCUGCGAGUGCGCAGGGAGAAGCGGGAGCGCAGACGCACCAUCCACACCUUCCCCUGUCUCAAGGAGCUGUGCACCAGUGCCCGGUGCGAGGACGCCUUCCGCCUGCACAGUUCCUCCCUGGAGCUGGGCCCGCGGCCGCUGGAGCAGGAGAACGAGAGGCUGCAGACCCUGGUGGGGGUGCUGCGGUCCCAGGUGAGCCAGGAGCGGCAGCGCAAGGAGCGCGCGGAGCGCGAGUACACGGCCGUGCUGCAGGAGUACUCGGACCUGGAGCGGCAGCUGUGCGACAUGGAGGGCUGCCGCCUGCGCGUGCAGGAGCUGGAGGCCGAGCUGCUGGAGCUGCAGCAGAUGAAGCAGGCCAAGACCUACCUGCUGGCCCGGGAGGACCACCUGGCCGAGGCCUUGCUCGCGCCCCUCACCCACGCCCCCGAGACCGACGACCCUCAGCCGGGCAGCGAGGACGACUCCGGCACCCAGGACGGCGUCUCGUCUCCCGACCACGCCGUGCGCAAGAGCUGCAGCGACACGGCGCUCAACGCCAUCGUGGCCAAAGACCCAGCCGGCCGGCACGCGGGCCACCUGACGCUGCACGCCAACAGCGUGCGCAAGCGCGGGAUGUCCAUCCUGCGGGAGGUGGACGAGCAGUACCACGCGCUGCUCGACAAGUACGAGGAGCUGCUGAGCAAAUGCCGGCAGCACGGGGCCGGCGUGCGGCACGCCGGCGUGCAGACCUCGCGGCCCAUCUCCCGGGACAGCUCGUGGAGGGACCUGCGCGGGGGCGAGGAGGGCCCGGGGGAGGCCAAGGCCGGGGAGAAGAGCCUGAGCCAGCACGUGGAGGCCGUGGACAAGCGGCUGGAGCAGAGCCAGCCCGAGUACAAGGCGCUCUUCAAGGAGAUCUUCUCCAGGAUCCAGAAGACCAAGGCCGACAUCAACGCCACCAAACUCAAGACUCACAGCGGCAAGUGACCCCCUCCGGCCCACAGCCUCCCUGGGGGGUGGGGGGCGGGCCACGGGGUCCCUCCCGCCUGCACCGUGCAGCGUCAGGCUAGUGAGAGAGCC